UGAAGAGAGAGAGAGAGGGGGAAGAAGAACAGAGAUACAGAGAGUAACAGAGAGAGUGUGAGAGAGAAGAAAAAAAAACGGUUCCGUUAAUUUUGCCGUUACUAUAUGAAAGCUAAACCAUGGUGUCGGACCAGGAAAUAGCGAGAGGUGUUGAGAUUUUGCUCCGUCAGUCAGAUCCUAACGCCGUUACGUCGUUAAACGGCGUCGUACAGCAGCUCGGAGCAAAACUUGGACAAGACCUUUCGCACAAGGCGGAGUUUAUCAGUGAUCAGAUCAGUCUACUCCGAUCACAGGUACAGCAGCCGGUACAACAUCCGGCGAUGAUUAAAGACCAUUUUGCCCUCCUGAACCACCCACAGUUUGCUGCGCAACAGCAAUUUUAUUCCCAUUUUGCCCUUCAGCAACAUCAUCAGCAGCAGCAGCAACAACAAUACCUUUACUUUCAGCAGCAGCAGCACCGGCAACCACCUCUGCAGCCGCAAGUGCAGCAACAAGCUCCGUCGCCGGUGGUUGCGAGAGCAGCUGCGGGUUCUGCUCAGCAUGCGGCGUCAAAUGUCGCUUCUGCCCCCAAGGAAAGUGCUACUUCUGGAACGAAAAGGAGAGGUGGACCAGGUGGUUUAAACAAAGUCUGUGGUGUUUCACCUGAACUUCAGGUCAUAGUUGGUCAACCGGAAAUGCCCCGGACAGAGAUUGUGAAACAGCUGUGGGUGUACAUCAGAAAACACAACUUACAGGAUCCUGGUAACAAACGAAAGAUUAUCUGCAAUGAUGCUCUGCGAGCGCUCUUUGAAACAGACUGUACCGAUAUGUUCAAGAUGAAUAAGCUGCUGGCCAAGCAUAUUACAGCAUUAGAUCCUUCAAAACAAGUUGAGCAAGCUGAUCAAGCUAAAAGAUUGAAGGUUGAAGCUGAGCCCAUAGCUGCUAAAGUUGAAGCUCAUUCUGUAGCUGCUAAGGUUGAAACUCAUUCCACGGCUGCUAAGGUUGAACAGCCUGUUUUUUCCACUGUUACGAUAUCUGAUGCGCUCGCCAAAUUUUUUGGAAGUGAAGAAAAGGAGAUACCCCAAACAGAGGCCUUGAAACGUAUUUGGGAGUAUAUAAAGCUUAACCAACUUGAGGAUCCUCUGAAUUCUAUGGUGAUUGUGUGCGAUGCAAAGCUUCAGGAACUCCUAGAAUGUGAAAGUAUUUCUGCUCCGGAAAUACCUCAGAUGCUGGCACGUCGUCAUUUUGUUUAGCAAUGACUAUACGUCUACAUUACUAUGGUAGGUAUUUCAGGUCAUAGCUGUCUAGUCGUUUGAUAAUACGCUAAUGUUUCCGAAGAUGUAUCUUGGUUCUUAGGUAAUUUUAGUUUGUUAACAUAGUUAGACUCAUGGUAUGUAAUUAGAAUUCUGGAUUGAUGUGCUUCUGAGCUUAUGGCAGAAGGUUGUUUUUGUAAUUAUGCCAUGGCCUUGGUCUAGGUACAGUAGCUCCUCUGUUCUUGUAAAAUCCUGGCAUCCUUAAUAUAUGGCUAGUAGGAACAUUAAUAGAUUCUUAGCUUGUUCAAACACAUUGGAACUAAGAUGUAUAUGUCAGGUAUACAAUCUACAUUGGGGGGUAUCUUCUUUGAUAUAAAAUUUCUGGUACUUA